AUGACCCUGACGGCAGUCACCACCACUCCGCCCCCUGUGGCUAUUGUCCCUCCAAUGGGUCCACAGCAGUCCCCAGAGCCCAUGGAGACAGAGAACACAGGCAAUGAGGUGCCAUUUAAGAUUUUACAUGCCUGGUCCAUCAACGAACAACAGGCAGAAAGCCUGUGGGAAAGAGCUAAAGAUGAUGCAAGUUCUCGAUCUGUCCUAAUUGAGACGGUUCAAGUUGAGAGUGUUAUAGAGUGUGAUAAGCUUGUAGAUGCAUCUGCAACAAGUUCACUGGCAUCUACUGGAGAGGACAAUGAUGAGGUCCUUCAGGUCAUCGCACAGAUGGACAAGAGUUCACCUUCACCAUUUGUCCACACCAAUCCUCAGGCAACUGAUAUUGUACGCAUUUGUGGUACCCAGACAAUUGUGGACGUUAGCUCUAAUGGCGCAGAUGAGAGAACUCUUGAUUUGUCCACAAUUGAUGAAGUUCAGUUAAAGUUAAGUACGCUGCAGCAACUGGUUAGUUAUCUGGAGAGUGCAGCAACAAUCACAGAGGCAAAGGAUGGUUGUCUAGAGGCCAUAUUGGAGAUGUAUUGGGGCGGGGAUACCUCUAACCUGUUAAAAGCUUUAAAAGAUAAAAGGGAGGAAAAAAACAUGCAGGAUGUGUCUGCCUGGGCCACAGAGGAUGAGAAGGCAGUGGUUUUCUUUGCAGUCAGUGGUAUAUCACUGGGGGAAGUGAUCGAGCAGUUUCCCAUUCCAGAACAUGUUGACUGCUCUUCCCAAGUGGAAUACAGGUCAUCAUGGUUAAAUGUCAACGAGAAUCUGGAAGAGCUUGGUCUAUGUGGUUUAUACCAGAUAAAGCAGAGGAGAGUUCCAAAGUGGUUGGGGGAGUCAAAAUGGAUGACACCUUCCACAGCAAGGUGAAGACAGUGAACUUGCCUGCACAACAACCUGUUGAAGCAGAAGCAACAGACACAGAUCUCGCAACAAACACAGCCUUCAUGAUGGAUGCAGACCCCCAACAGACACAGACCUCCCAACAGACGCAGACUCAGAGACAGAACCCCUUUCCCCAAUGAUUUUGACCGUCCUCACAUCAGAGUAUGCUGUGAGACUGAUUGCUGAAACAGAGGCACCAGACACAGACCUCACAACAGACUCAAACUGCCCAACAGAUGCAGACCUCAAAACAGUCACAGACCUCACAACAGACUUGGACACAGACCCCCUUUCCCCAAUGAAUUUGACCAUCCUGACAUCUGAGGAUGCCAUGAGACUGUUUUUCCAGAUUGAAAAUGGCUGUGACCUCCAACUCGGAUCCCCUGAACCAUGCUCUGAAAACAAAGAUAAGACACAGACAAAGCAACUAGAGAAUAUAGUAAGUGGCAGCUUAGAUAAGUCCUGCUACUGUCCUUGUAUUAUUGAAAGUGACAAUGGGUUUGAAAGUGGCCUAUGCUCCAGUUGUCAGAGAGAGAAAGGAUUGCAGCAAGGUACAAGAUGCAUAACAAUCGGACACUGCUUUACCCUGUCAGAUACAAGCGACAAUUCAGAUCAAGAGACAGAAGCAACAGACUCAGACCUCAUGAUGGACGCAGACCCCCCAACAGACACAGACCUCCCAACAGAUGCAUUCUUAGAGAGAGAACCCCUUUCCCCAAUAAUUUUGACCAUCCUCACAUCAGAGGAUGCUGUGAGACUGCUUGCUAAAACAGACUCUGGGGGGAAGGCGACAGUGGACAAUCAAUGCAGGCGCAAGAAGCAGAUACAAUCAACUGAAGAAGAGGGUGAUGACAAUCAAUCCAGUGACAAUAAAACAGAGGGAGAAAUGCAGAAAUGUACAAGCGUCGUACCGAUCACUGACUUUUUUUUCUGGUCAGAUACAAGUGAGGAUUCAGAUCAGGAGACCGAGGAGAACCCUAAUGAACAACAUGCUCAGAUUGAGGCUCAUGCUUCUAAUGUUAAAAGGACAGAGCCUGAAACUGAUGCCAAAGCACCAUGUGAGUCAGCCCAAGAACAUAAUACCCAAAGCAAAGUCAGUCCUGGUUCUGAGGAUAGGGAAAGACGGCAAGAGAAGGACCAAGACUGUAGGACGAGUACAUCACUACUUCCCAAGGUUGAAACCCCCUCUAAGUUAAGAUCUAACAUCAUAGCAGACAACUGGUGUUCAACUAUAGAGGACUGUGGUUCACCUGUAGAUAAGUAUGACAAAGUUGCUGACUUCGUCACCCAAUACAAAAUCUGCAAGUCAAAGAGAAAGAAUAUAUAUAUAUAUAUAUAUAUAUAUAUAUAUAUAUGGAAAAUGAGAAAACCCUCCAUCCAAAGACAUCUGAUAGACAAAAGCCCAGGAAAAGCCAUGGGAGAGCAGAGAGGGGACGGUCACCAUCCCAACCCCCUAAGAGCUCUGGGGUGAAGGCAACUGUGAAUAAUCAACGCAGGGACAAGAAGCCACAUGCAUCACACAAGAGGAGACAUUCGACUAAGAGUGAUGAAAAUCAAUGCAAAGAGAAGAAGAGGGGAUCAUCAACUGAGAAAGAGAGUGAGGACAAUCAAAGUAGGGAGAAGAAGAGGAGACCUUCAAUUGAAAAAAGUGGGUGA